CGCAAUCGUAAAUGAGUUUUGAUGUUUUGAGUUGUUCAAUCACUAUUUUAUUGUGUUUUCUACAAUCAACACAAUGUUUUUGAUUAUUUUUAACAUAUUCUUGCCUUUUUUUCAGUUUUCAAUGCUCAAGAAAAGUUUGGUCAAUCCCAAUUGUAGGAAUGGUUAACAGUUUUAUAUUGUCGCCUCUUUAACAAUGUUUCGUGUUAUGAAUGACUUGUUAAUAUUGUGUUUCGCGUCUUAUAAUGUGUAGAUAUUUAUGGUGUAAAGUAAAUAAGUGAUAUCUGAAAUGGAAAAGAUUUUCUAAUAAUUAUCAAAAUCAACUAAAAUCAUGGCUUCUGUCAAAGUAGCUGUGCGAGUACGUCCAUUCAAUCAAAGGGAGAUUGACAUGAACGCAAAAUGCAUCAUAAAAAUGGAAGGAAAGAAGACAAGAAUCACCAAUACAUCACAGAAGGGCAAUGAAAGACAGGGAGAGCUGAACAAGUUUUUCACUUUCGAUCAUUCCUAUUGGUCCUUCGAUCAUAAUGACCCUCAUUACAUUUCACAAGAGCAGGUGUUCAACGACUUGGGCACAGACGUGGUGGACGCGGCGUUUGAGGGCUAUAACGCAUGCGUGUUUGCGUACGGCCAAACAGGUAGUGGAAAAACGUUCACUAUGAUGGGAUCGAAGUCCAAUCAGGGUCUCAUGCCUAGGAUAUGCGAGGCGCUUUUCAAGCGUAUGGCGCUCGGCGCUAACUAUCGCAUAGAGGUGAGCUACCUUGAGAUCUACAACGAAAAGGUGAAAGAUCUGCUGCUUAAAGACUCUGGCCACAACCUGAAAGUGCGCCAACAUCCCACCAAGGGUCCUUGUGUCAUGGACUUGUCCAGGCAUCUGGUAUCGGAGUACAAACAUAUUCAGGAUUUAAUGGAACAAGGCAACAACCAACGCACAACCGCAUCGACGAAUAUGAAUGACGUGAGCAGCAGAAGUCACGCCAUAUUCACGCUGAUGUUCGUUCAGGCGCAAGGAGGCCUCUCUAACGAUGUACCCACUGAAACUGUGUCCAAAGUGCACCUGGUCGACUUGGCUGGCAGCGAGCGAGCAGAUGCUUCAGGAGCGACCGGUCAACGCCUGAAGGAAGGCGCUCACAUCAACAAGUCCCUUGUGACUCUGGGUUCUGUGAUCUCAGCAUUGGCCGAGUUGUCAGCUGGUGUCUCCGGCCGCAAGGCGGGUGGUUUCAUCCCCUACAGGGACUCAGUACUCACCUGGCUGCUCAAGGACAGUCUCGGUGGCAACUCUAAGACUAUCAUGAUUGCUGCUGUAUCACCUGCAGACUGCAACUACAGUGAGACACUGAGUACACUGCGUUAUGCUAAUCGAGCCAAGAACAUAAUCAACAAGCCCACAAUAAAUGAAGACGAGAAUGUGAAGUUGAUCAGAGAAUUGAGAGAGGAGAUAACCAAAUUGAAAUCGAUGAUGACUGAGAGCGAAGGCGCAACAGAAGUGCAACCGAAAGUCCUGGCCGUUCUCCAAGAGAAAGAGGCUCAAGAAAAGGUGCUCCGCGAGGAAUGGAACGAAAAAUGGCGGGAAACACAGAAAAUCCUACAGGAACAGAAAGCCCUAGGACUACGCAAGGCUGGUGCUGGAGCGGGGAUUGUUCUAGACUCGGAUAUGCCUCACUUAAUUGGUAUAGAUGACGAUCUACUUAGCACUGGGGUGACUUUGUAUCACUUGAAUGAUGGGGAGACGUUAGUUGGCAGCAGUGACGCCGAUGGAGAUCGACAGGAUAUAAUUCUGAAUGGAGUUGAUGUAGAGAAACAUCACUGCAGUAUCACGCUGAAAAACGGGGUGGCAACCCUGGUGCCUCAUCACGAAGCCCUAUGUUGGGUGAAUGGGUCACAGGUGAACAAACCUACCCGUCUCUCACAAGGUUGCAAUAUUCUCCUGGGACGCACCAACCUGUUCCGUUAUAACGAUCCCGUUGAAGUCGAGAAGCUCAAGAAAGAAGGUAACAGUCACUCAGUGCUCAACCUGUCCCGGUUAUCUCUAAUGAGCUGUUCCACACCUGACCUGUGUCGUGAUGUUGAAAACAACAAUGGAAGUUUCAGAAGACCGGGGUCGGUGGUGUCGGAAUCUGGGAGAUCUAGAGAGGAUAUCCUAGAGUCCAGAGAGGAUAUCCUGAACGAGAGUUCGAUAAUUAGGGAGGAUGAUGUCCAUCUAUCCCUCCGGGAGAGGGAACAAGUACUGAAGAAGUCCAUCGACCAGUUUAACUCAGAUCAAGAGUCGAAACUGUCGUUCCUAGCCAGUGAACAUAAACGGAUAGUCGAGUUGCAGGCGAAUCUAGACCGUAAAAAAGAGGAACUAACGUUGUUAGAAAUGAAACAAACCCAGUUUCGACGAGACUCCCUGAAUGGGACCACAGAGAUCGAUGUCAAUGUUCUAAAUAAUUUCAAGGAUUCAAUCAACAAUAUGGAGCAGGAACUGAAGCUACAGAAUGAGACGUUGAGUGUUAUCGUUAGGAACGCUAAUGAAAACGAGAAGAAUUUCAAGAGACAAAACUUAAAUCUGAGUUUAGUAUCGGGUAAUGAUCAUCAACCGUUAGCAACCAGUUCCCCCAAUAUCACAGUGAACAGCAACAGAAUAAUCGAGGAUUUGGAAAGUCCGUUAUCGGAUUCCCCCAGGAACUUCAACCUCCAAAUGCAACAACGAACCAUGUUUAGGAAGAUGUCUGUAGAUGUAGAUCUCGACACAGACGCCCUCUACCAGAUGAAAUUCCUGACUCAGCAGAUCUCCAACCAGAGACGUUUAAUCAUGAAGUGUUUAGAAAGCGAGAUAAACUCGGACGAAUUGAAUAAGCAUAUUUCAGUUCUGCAAGAGCUGAAGAGGGAGUAUGUGCGAUUGGAGCAACAGACUGAUGAUUGCAGCAGUAAGGAGAAUUUCAAGAUGGACGCCAACGGUGCCACUCAGAGCAGCGGCACAAUGUCGCACGACCAUCUGUCGCACGACUCUGACGAUCUGUCAACGUCGGCCGACGACACGAUAUCUGAGUCGUUGAUGGGCAGUCGUGUGUUCAAGAGUCGUGACUGUUUGAACUGUUCGGUGCUCAGUCGGUCGUCGCGAGAUAUCCGGUACAGAAUAUUACAGGACAGAUUACAAAUGUCAUUAGCGCCUCCAUCUUUUAGUGCUUCUAUACAAGAUGUUAAUCAACUAACUUCUAGUAAUAAUUAUUCUCUAACGAGAUCCAUGCCUUCACUUAAUAGAAUCUCAGUGUGGGAAAGGAGGCUGAAUGACUCAGACUGGGACCAAAGACUGAUAGUAUCAGUGCCGAAUUACCUGAUUAGAGGCGCUGGCAGAAAUACGCACUACGUUUACGAGGUGCUUGUCUGCGUCGAAGGUGAAACCUACUCGAUACUGCGCAGGUACCGGCGAUUCAGAGAGCUGCAUCUCACUAUGAAGCACAAGUAUGGAGACCAGGUAGCCAAGCUAUCGUUUCCGCCGCGGAAACUGUUUCUUUGGCAAAUGGACGGAGAGUUGCUGGCAAAAGAGAGGAGACCGCUGCUCGAAAUUUACCUGAAAAGACUGUUGGCAACUUGUGCCUCCAUCAGCACAUGUCCGCUUCACAACAGCUGUUCCAAAACGGCGCUACACCAGUUUUCAACUUUCUUCAAGAAAGGUGUCUUCGAAACUGGGAAAUAUGGUACUAGUUGAGUUAAUUAACCAGUUGAGUUGAUCAACUAGUUGAGUUAAUAAACUGGUUAAGUUGAUCAACUAGUUGAUUUAAUCAAGUAGUUGAUAGAAUAUGGUUCCAGUUGAGAGUUUUUCUCUCGCUAUCCGCAAACGAAGGUAUCGAAGGUGUCGAACUAGUUAAAUUGAUCAACUAGUUGAGUUGUUUAACUAGUUGAGUUGAUCAACUUGUUGAUUUAAUCAAGUAGUUGAUGGAAUAUGGUUCUAGUUGAGUGUUGAAAAUGUAUUAAUUUUCUCUCGCUAUCCGCAAACGAAGGUGUCGAAUUAACGAAGUUUCCUACUUUUGUUGCCUGAAACUGAGACAACUCAAUGAUAAACGCAUUUUGUUGUGUUUAGUUUUGACUCUUAUUUUGCGAUAAUUAUGUGGACUCUGAGAUUACUGCUAUAAUAAUUGUACAGCUUUGUAAAAUUCUCAGGUUGAUAAUAUUUUAAUUUCAAUUUUUUUCUGAAUUUGAUAUUACUGAUAGAAAAUUCAGAUUGCUGUUAUAAUUUUACAGCUUUGUAAGAGUCUCUCGUCAGGAUGAUGAUAUUUAAAUCUCAAUUAUAUUUAAUCUGUGAUUAAAUUUUUUACUGAGACUACUAAUAGGAAAUUGCUUUAAUAUUGUACAGCUCUGUAAAAUUCCCAGGAUGAUAAUAAUUGAAUUCUAUCUAUGCUAUGGUUUCUCUAUGAUUGAACUCUAAUUCACACAAUUUUAUAAAUGGAAAAUAAAUAUUGAGUCAAAUAGUCUGGGAUCAGAGUUUUUAGGUCUCAUGUGAUUCAAAUGCAUGCUCCAGUAAGUGAGUAAAUAUUUCAUAAUAUCCAAAACAUUAUAUAAGUCUGAAAGACUUAAUUAUUUUAGAGUUUAUGGCCCGCUUGCAAAAAAGCUGGUUGGAUUUUAAUCGAGAUUCAUUUCAUGAAAACCAAUCUAUCAGAUUUUUUAAAAAGAACGCUUCUCUGAUUGGCUUUCGUGAAAUUAAUCACGGUUAAAAUAUAACCGGCUUUUCUGCAACCGGGCCUCAGAUCUACUUUUCCUGAAAGGAGCAUAGUACUGGAACUCUAAUAACGUUUUUCAAGUUUCUCAAACUGUUCCUAAUAAAAGACUCAUUUUACAUUUUUCACAAAAUUUUCAUUCUCAAAUUUUUGCUGUUCUUGAUCGAAACUGUGAAUUCCUUGAAUAAGUUUUCAGAUUUUUAGAAUUGAUCAUUUUGAAGAAUAUUUUUUCUUUGAAUGAUGGGCAUUUUAUCAGGAAAAUUUCAUUCAAGAAGAGGUUUAAAUCUGUUUUUGAUUCAUGUACUAAAUUUUUUAUUAUAUAUUACUUAUUUUUAUUAUAUUCUUUCCAGCUAAUCUGGCAGCAAUAAUUUUCUAUUUUUAUCAUGUUUUUUUAUUAUAAUAAAUUGAUCAUUGACAUCCUAAUGUUAUUCAUUAAGGUGCGUACAGAUUUACGCGCCGCGAACAUGAGCAAUUCACUUUUAAUCAGCUGGUACCAAACUUUUUAUAUCUAUAUUAUCUUAUACCGUUUCUGUUAAAAUACAGAUAUAGUCAGCUGAUUAAAAGUGAAUUGCUCAUGUUCGCGGCGCAUAUAUCUGUACGCACCUUUAGAUGAUGACGUCAGCACUGUUGAUAAAUGAAUUUUAAAAUGUAAUUUUCCAAAAGUGAGUGGACUUUGUUCCAAAGACUAUUCUGAACUUGUUGAAUGAAUUAAAAUACUGAUUAUAAGGGAAAAUCCGAUAUUUAAUUAAAAACGCAAUUCUGAAAAGUUAUACUCAUUCAAAAUUAUCUAUGUUUUGAUGAAGGGUACAGGUUUUACCAUAGAGAAAAUAGAGCAUAAUUUAUUAUGCUAUCUUAUAUGCUAUUUAUUAUACUAUCAUUUCUUUAUUAUGCUAAAAGAUAGCAUAAUAAAUUAUGCUUUAUUUUCUCUAUGGAUGAAACCUCCUUUGGUUCAUUUGAGUCAAUAAAUAAUCCAUCAAAUUAAUUUUCCUUCAAAUUUUUCAUCAUGUUCUAGUAUUUCAUUUCUUUUAGAUUAAAAAAAUUAUAGAAUAGAAUUCAGCUGAUAUUCAUUGUUGAACACCUUUUGCUCAGAUUGAUUAUCUACUGAAAUUUUUAUAUUUACCUAAAAGUAAUUUUAAAUUCAAUUAGAUUUAGAUUAUAUAUUACUACCAUUGACAAUACAAGUUGUUGUUUAAAGCUCCCUAUAUUAGGGAGUAGGUUUGUAGCUGUUCUUUUUUGAAAAAUGUUAAGCAUGUUAGUUUAUUUUCAAGUUAUGUAUUUAUUACAAUUUUAUGUGAGAUUCGAAUUGGAAUUAAUUUUUAUUACUGCAAAUUAGUGAAAAUCUGUAUGCACCUUGAAGGUUAUCAGAUAUGAUUACUAUAGAUUUUCGAUUUUGUUUGAAAUGGCUUUAAGGGCCCGGGUUCCGUGCACGGGAUUUAGUUAAGUUCUAGACUUUAACGCUAGGGUCACAUGAGCGCACAUAGUGCGUCCGUUGCAACUUACUUUUGCGGCUUUCGCCAAUGACACCAUACGAGCUUUGAGUGUGGUGCGUCAACAUCAGUUUUGGCUUUACGCAUGCAACUUUUGCAUGUCUCGACGUGCGUUGUAGUAUUUCUGCGCAGUUCAAAAAUCACCGUCCGUUACGACUUCCGUUACUUGGUACGCACGUACCUCGUGUGUUGUCACCAAUUCACUUCUAUGUAUUUCUACAACGGACGUCAAAAAGUAAGUUGCAACGGACGCACUAUGUGCGCUCAUGUGGCCCUAGCCUAAACAGCUGGAGGCAGGAAAUUGGCUUUACGAAACGGGACGUUGUCUUAGUACACGUUUAAAUUAUAUUUCGAAAAACUAGAAAAUUGGACACAAAAUAAAGAGAAAAUAGUGUGAAGUUCAAGCUAUUUUGAAUUAUUGACCGAGUGAAGUGAGGUCUAAGAGUCAAGUCGACGGUUUG